AGAAACAAUUUCCUCAACAAAAAACUCUCCGUUUCUCUUAUUUCCUUAAACCCACAAAAAUAAGUCACAUGGGUAUCUGUUUCACCAAAUGGUCUAAACCAAAUGUUAGUGACAUCCCAAUCGUUUCCUCCACCGAAUCGCCACCUCAUCCCUACCACCCCCAACCCAAAAGACCACCGCCGCCGCCGCCACGGCCACCGCGAAUACCUUCUUACUCAAACCCUCCGAUAUCAUCUUACAUUAAACCACCCACUUUGUCAGCUUCAAACAUCGGUCCCAUUCUCGGCAAACCGUACGUCGACUUAACCUCGUUGUACGAUCUUGAUAAAGAGUUGGGCAGAGGUCAGUUCGGUAUAACUUAUCUCUGCACUGAAAAAUCAACAGGCUUAACCUACGCAUGCAAAUCCAUCUCGAGGCGUAAGUUAGUGAACAACAAAGACAUUGAAGAUGUUAGAAGAGAGAUUCUGAUACUUCAACACUUAACUGGUCAGCCCAAUAUUGUGGAAUUUAAAGGGUGUUAUGAAGAUCGCCAGAAUUUGCAUUUGGUGAUGGAACUUUGCUCCGGCGGUGAGCUUUUUGAUCGAAUUAUAGCGCAAGGGGUUUACUCAGAACGUGAAGCUGCUAAAAUUACGAGACAGAUAGUAAAUGUGGUGCAUGCUUGUCAUUUUAUGGGGGUUAUGCAUAGAGAUUUGAAGCCUGAAAAUUUCUUGCUUGUUAGUAAAGCAGAAGAUUCUCCUUUGAAGAUCACUGAUUUUGGUCUUUCUGUUUUCAUUGAAGAUGGAGUAGUGUAUAAGGACAUUGUAGGAAGUGCAUACUAUGUUGCGCCGGAGGUGCUGCAUCAGAGUUACGGAAAGGAGAUCGAUAUAUGGAGCGCCGGAGUCAUUUUAUACAUUCUUCUCAGUGGAGUGCCUCCAUAUUGGGCAGAGAAUGAGAAAGGAAUAUUUGAAGCAAUAUUAAAAGGCAAACUUGACUUGCAAACUGCGCCGUGGCCUAAAAUCUCGCCUUCUGCGAAAGACCUUGUCAAGAAAAUGUUAGCAAGAGAUCCCAAGAAACGGAUUACUGCUGCUCAGGCAUUAGAGCAUCCGUGGCUAAAGGUGGAUGGCGGUGAGGUAUCUGAUAAGCCUAUAGACAGUGCUGUUCUUACAAGAUUGAAGCAGUUCAGAGCAAUGAACAAGCUGAAGAAACUCGCGCUCAAGGUAAUAGCAGAAAGCCUUUCAGAAGAGGAAAUCAAGGGCUUAAGGCAGAUGUUCAACAACAUGGACACUGAUAAAAGUGGUACAAUCACAUACGAAGAACUUAAAGAGGGAUUAAGAAGACUUGGAUCUAAGCUUACUGAAGCAGAAAUCAAGCUGCUAAUGGAUGCUGCCGAUGUCGACAAAAGUGGGACUAUUGAUUAUGUUGAAUUCAUAACAGCAACAAUGCAUCGGCAUAAACUCGACAAGGAAGAACACUUGUUCAAGGCUUUCCAAUAUUUCGACAAGGAUGACAGCGGGUUUAUUACAAGAGAUGAAUUAAGACAAGCCAUGUCUCAAUAUGGAAUGGGAGACGAGGCUACGAUAGACGAAAUCAUAGAAGAUGUUGAUACUAAUAAAGAUGGAAGAAUAAACUAUGAAGAAUUUGCAGCCAUGAUGAGAAGUGGCACACAAGAUAAUAUUGAUUUGCAAUGUACAUAGACCAAACGCUUACAACAUGUAAAAAGAAUAAAUAAGACCGACACACGGACAAUGCUACGUGCAUGAUUAGUCAAGGAAAAUCAAUGUACAAAUUAAGUUUGUUGUAAUGAUGUAAUAUUAAGAAAACAUGAAAAGAUCAAUAAGUUUUCACCUUGCAACUAAA